AUGUCGGCGCAAAAAAAAUUUUGGCUGAAACUUCGGCCGAAACAAGAUUAUUUGGUACUGGCUGAAGCUGGACCUUCGACUACCGCACUGCGUUGCAAAUAUAACAAUUUACAGAUUUGCGUUGCCAAUUCAACGAUCUACAGCACUGCGUUUUAUGUAAAUAUUAUAACAAUACCAAAAUUGAGGUUGGUUUGCAGCGACGUUUGCCAACGAACCGCCCACAAUCAGUAUAAAUGCACGUGCAGACAUGGACGAGUUUUAUCACCUGAUGGGAAAACAUGUUCAACUGAUGUUCACGUUCCUGCCAUAUAUUUAGCAAGCAAUACAUUUCUUACACGUCUGAUAAUUGAUAAUAUAGGAUCUGAUAGUUUUGAAAAAAUCAACAACAUCCGGUUUAACGGCUUGACUUCUCUGUCAUUUGACCCAAUUACUUAUUCAAUUUAUUUUUCCGACACUUCACUUAAUGAAAAUCUUCCCAAUGUUGACGACAUGUUUGGUCAGCAUAAUUCAAUUGUAAAUCCUGAGCACGAAAACAACGAAUUGAUAAACAACAAUCGGGAUGAUAAUAUGGAUGAUGUUAUUGGACUUGUUCAUUUAGAAACCUUGGUUAUGUAA